AUGGGUGCCGCAGCAAUGGCUGCCAAGGAAGUCGUGGCCGAGAAUCUCUGCGGCUGGCUCGACGAGGCUGGCAACGACCCAGGGCUACCAGAGGCCACCACAAAGAGCCUCUGCUCGCUUCUGUGGAGUUUGUCCCAGGCACUGCACCCUCAGGAAGCAUUGACCUGGAUCCACAAGGCCCUACCUUUCCUGGGCCGGCUCGGCUGCAUGUCCAAGGGCUGGUUGGCCUUAUCAGCCUGCUACCGCCAGCUGGGAGACUCCACCAACGCGCGGCGGUGUCUCGAGACAGCUCUUACCCACGACCGCAAUGACCCAACGGCCAGCAUGCUGCUUCUCGCAGACGCAGCUGUGCGUGGAGAGAGCUCUGUGGUGCGGGGCCUGGCAGAUCGCGUGGCGAAGAGGGAGUUGAAGCUGGGUGUCCAGGAGGUGGCCUUCGCUGUGUCCGAGCUCCGGUGA